CACAUAACCAUUGAUGCGUUGCAUCCCAGUUGCGAGUUAAUGUUUAAAUGUAUAAGAUUAGCGAUAUAAGAGCAAUCAUUGGGCCUGCACUGUGUUCAACUUUUUAACCUCUGGACUGAAUUCACCAAGCACUAUUGUUACUAGGCCAGCUAAAGCUGCUAGCAAAAUGGUCAAGAUCGCCCUCAUCGGUGCUGCAGGCCAGAUCGGUACUCCGCUGAGCCUGCUGUGCAAAGCUGUAGGUCCCUUUUCUCAAGGGCGACGACCGUUGUCAGACUAAGAAAUUCAUGAACUAACGCCGCUUUUGUAGAGCGACCUAUUCGAUGAGAUUUCACUCUACGAUCUAGUCCAUGUUCCAGGCAUUGCGACGGAUUUGAACCACAUUGACACAAAGGCUAAGGUGUGUGGAUAUCUGCCUGACAAUGAUGGGUUAAGGAAGGCGCUCCUUCGGGCCGAUAUCAUCGUCGUCACAGCCGGUAUCGCACGUAAGCCUGGAAUGACUAGAGACGACCUCUUCAAGACGAAUGCGAGCAUCAUCCGGGACAUUUUUACCGAAGUGGCCAGAACGAGCCCUGAAGCCAUCAGCUGUGUUGUCACGAACCCUGUCAAUUCGACCGUUCCCGUGGCAUCGGAAGCUCUGCGCCUUGGCGGUGCUUUCAAUGCUACUCGUUUGUUCGGCGUGACAACUCUCGAUCUCGUGCGGGCUUCGACUUUCAUCGCACAUGCUUUGGGAGGGGUUCAUGAUCCCAAACAGUUCAAGGUGCCGGUCAUCGGAGGUCACAGCGGCGGUACCAUUAUCCCCCUCUAUAGCCAGUCAGAGCCCAAGGUUGAUCUCGGCGCCGAGGAACUGUCAAAAGUCAUUCAUAGAGUUCAAUUUGGUGGGGAUGAAAUCGUUCAAAGCAAGCAAGGUGCUGGAAGUGCGACGACAUGUAUGGCUUAUGCUGGAUUCAGAUUUAUAAAAGCUCUUUUGACUGCCAGAUCAGGCACUCCCGUGGUAGAGGAAGCCUACAUCUACCUUCCAGGCGUCCCUGGUGGUGAACAAAUUGCGGCAAAGCUGGGCGUCGACUAUUUCGCAGUCAAGGUUGUUCUGGGUGCCACUGGUGCUGCGAAGGCUCUGGAUUUUGGUACUUUAUCAGGGAAUGAACAGAGAUUAUUGGAUAUCGGGCUGAAGGAUGUCAAAAUUAACAUUCAAGCUGGACAAGCGUUCAUGGCAGCGUAGAUCAGUAAUUUUGGUUUCGGCCUGGUUGUGUAACGGCGGCACUGCGUUCGCUCUUACACACUGUCCUUUUAGUAAUAUUAGGCUUCUGCACUUCAGCAGUCAUUAAUCCAAUCCAUUGAGC